AUGCCUUACCCAGACACCACUGACGCUUUUGCCGUCACCGACAUCAAGAACUGGAGCAACUUCACGCGCCAGGAGCUGCCCCUCAAGAAAUUUGAGGAACACGAUGUCGACAUUGCCAUUGACGCCUGUGGUGUUUGCGCUUCAGAUAUCCACACCAUCACUGGCGGAUGGGGAGACUCAAUUCCCCUUCCCCUCUGCGUAGGCCACGAGGUCAUUGGCAAGGUCAUCAGGGUCGGAUCAAAGGUCACCAAGGUCAAGGUUGGCGACCGUGCCGGUGUUGGUGCACAGAUUGGCGCCGACCUUACCUGCGGGCAAUGCAAGACGGACCAGGAAAACUACUGCCCCAACUCAGUCGACACAUAUGGUGCUAAGCACACUGAUGGUACCGUCGCUCAGGGUGGCUAUUCCAGCCAUAUCCGUGGCCACGAGUACUUUGUCUUCAAGAUCCCAGACAACAUUGAGACGUCGCUCGCCGCGCCCAUGCUGUGUGCUGGUCUCACUACAUACUCGCCCUUGAAGAGGCUGGGAGCUGGCCCUGGCAAGAAGAUCGGUAUCAUUGGACUUGGAGGCCUCGGCCACUUUGGUGUCCUCUGGUCGGUUGCCAUGGGCGCUGAGACAUAUGUCAUCUCGCACUCGCCGAGAAAGAAGGAGGAUGCUUUGGCCAUGGGUGCCAAGGACUUCAUUGUCACCAACGAGAAGGGCUGGUCAGAGCCAUGGAAGUUCCACUUCGACUUCGUCAUCAACACUGCCGAUGCCACGGACAAGUUCGACCUCGCCGAGUACUUCUCCAUCCUCAAGGUCAACGGCACCUUCCACAUGGUCGGCUUCCCCGACAACCCGCUCCCCUCGAUACGUGCCCAGAUGUUUGCGCCCAACGGCUGCUACAUUGGCGCCUCGCACAUUGGCAACAGGCCCGAGAUGGAGGAGAUGUUCGAGCUUGCCUCCAAGCAGAACAUCAAGAGCUGGGUACAAGAAAUCCAGAUUGGCGAGGAGGGCUGCAAGGAGGCCGUGGAGCGCGUGUACAAGAACGACAACGUCAGGUACAGGCUGACUCUGACUGGCUACGACAAGGUCUUUGGCAAGAGAGCUUAAGAGCUGCCAGCGUGGUGUGAUAUACCCUAGUUGUUGCUGCUGGAUGAAUGAAUGAAUAAAUGAAUGAAAC